UCUAGUGUAGUUGCUGUGACUGGCCUGGCGGGCCAUGCGUUUGGAUCCUGGCGCAGCCGCGAAACCCACCAAAUGUGGUUGAAAGACUUCUUGCCCCAAGAUAUCAUCAACAUCAGAAUUAUGACCUAUGGUUACGACAGCCGCCUAGCCGGGCAGCCGACAUCCUCCAUGAAAAUUUGUGACUACAAAAGCCACUUCCUCCAACAGCUCAAGAAUUUUAGACCGAACGCCGAGCACCGACCAAUAAUAUUUCUGGGGCACAGUUUAGGGGGUAUCUUGAUUCUUCAGGCAAAUCCAGCUACUUUGCCAGAUACUUUCUCCAACCGCAAUCCACAUCACAGGUCCAUUCUAGACGCCACCCAAGGAAUAUUCUUUUUUGGGACGCCACAUCAAGGACUUCGGACCGAAGAAUUAGAGACAAUGGUUGGUUCGAACACGCAAGCAGCGAACUUCCUGGCACAGCUGAAGCAAGGCUCGGACUUCCUAAUUAACCAAAAAGAGGAUCUUCUGCACAUAUGUAAAAGGUUUAAACGAACAAUCAUCAGCUUUCACGAAACGGUGGAAACGUCUACGGUUAAGAGGGUGAAUUGCGAAUGUUUUGCCCCUUCCAGGGCUGAUUACUUACUGAUUCUAUGUAGUCUGAAUCCGGGAAAUUCACUAGAGAUGGUGAAAAGGCCAUGA